UAUACCAGUAUCACAUCCAGUCGUGCGGGACUGCUCUGGUCAGGCUAGUGCAAGGCAGCGUACGGGAUGAUGGAUGUGGCUUGCAGCAGGUCUUGAUGGUGCGUGGUCCGCACCCACGCUGAUCGCCCUGCCCACACAGCCCAAGGACGAUAUAUGUGGGCGCAUGCCUCCGUGCGGGUUUCUACAUUCAACGCAAGGUACGUUGUCAGAUUAGGAACACUCGUCCGUUCUGGUAGAUACCAUUGAUCGUCCAAAGAUGACGAUCGAGAGAUCCGUGUGCCUUCGUCUCAGCCCUGGGCGGCACAGCCUGCAGGUGCUCGCAAGUCGACUAUCGAGGCCUGGGCGGACAGCAGCGGCAUUGAUAUCAUUCCUCGCGUUAGAUCUUCGUCCCCACGACCAGCCCCAUUACACAGUAUAGUACUUGUGAAGCGAUCUCGCAAUUAUCCUCCUAUCGUUGGUCGCAUAUACAAGGGUAAACUCCGACCACACUAACGAGUGAAACUUCCGCACCGUUGGCAUAACCGCCGGCCUAUACCGAAGGAUUGGGUACGCCGGUAUCAACGCCAGUGUGACGAGGGUGUGCCGCAACGCAAAACAGCCGACUCCCCCAAACUCUUCAGGGAAACUUCUGAUGAAAGCAAAACGAACAAUGCUACUAUCGCCACUGUCGUCGUUGUGUGCAAAAGGACGUACAGGGACCGGGGUUUGAACCCGGGACCUACUGUGAACCAGACAACAUUGUAAUAUUGUUAGACAGUCGUGAUGACCA